AUGCAUACCUUAGGAAUUCUAUUAUGUAACGCACUAAUAAUCGCAUUUGCAGCUGCCCCAACAACUCAUACCGAUUAUUGCAAACUCGGAUGUGCGUUGCCCAACACCGAGCAUGCCGUUUGCGCUAACAGCGACAAGCAACUCAUUGAGAAUUGCCCAUUGGAUACCAAGAUCAUCUCAUUAAAUGAUAUGCAGUCUGUCAUAUUAAAAUUGCACAAUAAACGCCGUGACUUUGUGGCAAGCGGCAAAGAUGAAACGCUACCCCCCGCUGCGCGUAUGGGUGAACUAUUUUGGGAUGAAGAAUUGGCCGACUUAGCUGAGUAUAGUGUAAGACGUUGUCUCAUAAGCGAUCCGCAUUGCUAUACAACGCCAAAAUUACGCAAUCCGGGACGUAGUGCGAAUAUUUACAAGUACGAGAAAACAGAAGUCAAAUUCGAGGAGUUAGUGCCGUCACGCGUAGUUGAAUGGCUGGACACAUCAAAAGUGUGUACGCCAGAAAUAGUUGCGAAAUUUCCAGAGGAAACACAAGGGCAUGUCGACUUCUUCGCUCGUGCCAUAACUGAUAGCAAUAACCAAGUUGGCUGUGCCGCAUCGGAAUGGGUGAAGGAAUCAAAUAAAUAUUUUCUCUUAGUGUGUCUUUAUACAAAUGACGUGCAGGUGGGUAAAAGUUUAUAUAAAUUUGGACGACCUGCCUCGAGCUGCUUAUCGGGAUCGAGUAGUCAGUAUAAAAAUUUAUGCAGCAGCAAAGAAAUUUACAAAACUGAUAAUUCAAUGCACGAACGUAGAAGCGUUUCGGGCUCUAACUCGUAUCGCAAAUAUGGCACAGAUUACAAGGCACCCGAGGGCAGUCUUUGGCAGUUAGUGAUGUGA